AUGGUGUUCACCAGGCUCUCCUCACAAGAAAAAGACGCCUUCUUCGAGCUUCUAGACGAGUACUUCCAGUCCCGCCCUGAGAUCCUCGCCAACGUUAACACAAGCAAUGAUGGCACCAGUAGCGGCCAAGAUCCAUCUGCAGCAGCUGCAUCAGCCGUUCACCGCGCUCUCGCCCAAAAUCCAGAAGUCACCUCCAAGAUCGUCUCCGCCGGGAUAGCCAGUAAUCCACAAGUGAGCAGUUCCGUAGGAAGAGUAGCAGCAGCUUCGCUAGCGUUCACCGGCGGUGGCUCAAACAACUCAUUCUCAUCUUCGAACGUUUCAAAAUCCCUAGUUCCUUCCCUCCCUUCACGCAGCUCUAGCACAGUCAGCGCAUCCUUACCAGGGUCCGAGAUUGAUAAACUAGUCACGAAAAAGUCGAGCGUCUUGGGCGCAUUCAGGAAAGCACCCGUAACAGCCGUAGUAGCUAUACCCCCUGCAUUCCAAACGCCCAAGGCAUCAUCAUUCGGCCCACCUCCAACUCGGCGCACGACAUCAGAAACGACCGCUGUUGAGCCUUCUACUGCUAGGUCCCCACCACCCAUCCUCCCACGACGUGCAGUCGAACCGGAACCCGAGGAACCACAAGGGGAGUGGGCAGAUGCAUUGUAUGAUUAUAGUAGUGAGGAUCCUGGCGAUUUGGAAAUUCAAUCUGGCUCUCGUGUGCUUGUCACUGCAAAGUCUUCUGAUGACUGGUGGACGGGUCAGAUAGAGGGUCAAGGAAAGGAGGGAUUGUUCCCUGCCUCAUACGUGCAACUGUUGUAA